AUGGGUAAACCGGUCCAAGAGCUGGCCGCCCUCCCCGGCGACGGCCUGCCGUGGUAUAAGCACGCCCACCUGCGGAAGCUCAACUUCAUCACUCUGUCCAUGGUCUUGUUCUCCUCCGCCAACGGCUACGAUGGUUCCAUCAUGGGCGGCCUCCUGGCCCUGCCGCGAUGGAACACCUUCAUGGAGAACCCCUCGGGCGCCUACCUCGGCUGGAUCACGGGAAUCUACUGGCUCGGCAACGGCAUCGCCUUCCCCGUCGCCGCCUGGUCCUCCGGCCGCUACGGCCGCAAGCCGGGCAUCUACCUCGGCUACCUCUUCCUCAUCCUCGGCGUCGUCAUGCAGACCGCCGCCCAGAACGAGGUGACCUUCACCUACUCGCGCCUCUUCAUCGGCAUCGCCGCCUCGUGGCUCGGCAACUCCGCCCCGCUGCUCAUCAACGAGAUCGCCCACCCGAAGCAGCGGUCCAUCGCCAACGCCCUCUUCAUGGUCGGAUGGUACUUUGGCGGAACCCUCUGCGGCUGGGUCACCUUCGCCUGCCGCGACAUCCCCUCGGACUGGUGCUGGCGCGUCCCCGUCCUCAUUCAGAUCGUCCUGCCCUUCGUGGCGCUGCCCGGCUUCCUCCUGGCGCCCGAGAGCCCGCGCUGGCUCAUCAGCGUCGGACGCGUCGAGGAGGCCACCGCCAUCCUUGCCGAACAUCACGCCGGUGGCGACCGGAACGACUCGCUCGUGACCUACCAGGUCGUCGAGAUUCAGGCCACCAUCAACGCCGAGAAGGAGGCCUCCUCCAGCGCCUCCUACGCCGACAUGAUCAAGACCCCGGGGAACCGUCACCGCCUCUUCAUCUCCGUCAGUCUCGGUAUCUUUGCUCAGUGGGCCGGUAACGGAGUCGUCUCCUACUACCUCCCCCUCAUCCUCGACUCCAUCGGCGUCGAGUCCGUCACGGACCAGACCCUCAUCUCGGCCUGUCUGAACGUCUGGAACCUGCUGUGGGCCAUCGCCGCCGCGACGAGCGUCGACCGCCUCGGCCGCCGCUUCCUGUUCCUGACCUCGGCGAGCGUCAUGCUGGCCAGCUUCAUCAUCAUCACCGGCCUCAGCGCAUCUUUCGCCGAGUCCGGCUCAGCAAGUAUGGGCCUGGCCGUCAUCCCGUUUCUCUUCAUCUUCUUUGCUGGCUAUGACAUCGCCAUGACCCCGUUCUUGACGGCCUACCCCUGCGAGAUCUGGCAGUUCGGACUCCGCUCCCGCGGCCUCACCGUCACCUGGUGCUCUACCGUGGUCGCCAUCUUCAUCAACACCUUUGUCAACCCCAUCGCCCUCGAGGCCAUCCACUGGAAGUACUACAUCGUCUUCAUCGUCAUGCUCGCCCUGCUGUGGCUCACCGUCUUCUUCACCUACCCCGAGACCCGCGGCCACACGCUGGAGCAGAUGGCCGUCAUCUUCGACGGCGACGACGCCGCCGCCCCUCCUCCCGCGGCCGUCAGCGAGAAGACCGAGGCUUUGGUUUCCCACGGGGAGAACGAGGAUAAGAGGCAGUAUCAGAGCGAUGCCGAGCACCGUGUUUAA